UGACUGUGACUGUGGCUGUGGCUGUGACUGACUGCCACUGUGACUGUGACUGCCACCGCCACUACGACUGCGACUACGACUGCGACUGCGACUGCGACUGCGACCACAACUACGACUACGACUGCGACUGCGACUGCGACUGCCAGCAUGCGACGACCAGACUCCACCAACAAACCGACUUGCUGACCACACCAUGGAGUCGGCGCAACUCACCAAAGCCCACGAGCACGUGCGCAACGCCCAGACGGCGACGCUGAGCAGCAGCAUCGCGACCGCGGGGGACGAGCACGACCGCGCGGCCGCCUUCUUCCACGACGCCGCCCAAGACACGCACAACGAGGAGGCCCUGCGCAUCCUCGGCCUGCUCGAGGACCACCACCGCAAGCUGGCCGGCCUGAUCAAGGAGACGCCGCGCAAGACGGACAAGAAGAGCAGCAGCAGCAGCAGCAGCAGCAGCGCAAGCAAGCUCUCCGACAGCACCACCGCAACCGCAUCCGCCAAGACGGCCGCCGUUCGAACCAGCUCGCCGUCCGCGUCGGCUCCCCGGACCCACCGCCGACUGCCCCCCUCCUCCAUAGCCACUAACCUUGCUGAGAAGCGCGGCAUCCCGAGCGCACGGCGCACCACAAGCAGCACCGCAGCGACAGCGUCCGGCGCAAACGCCGCACGAGAUGGCCAGGCUACACCCGUCAGAGACCUGCUGGAGAGGCAGGCCCGGAAAGCCCAUCUGAGCACAUCACGAGAGCUCGCCAAGCCAAGCGCGGCCCCGCUGUCCUCGUCUCCUCUGUCCUCGUCUCCUCGGUCCCCGUCUCCUCCGCCCUCGUCUCCUCCGCCCUCGUCUCCGCCCGAAGACAACUUCCGCCGCUUCUACUCUGCGUUUGGAGGCGUCAUAUCCGCCAUAUCAGCUCCGCUGGCAUUCACCUCGCUGCCGCUCAACCCCACACCGUCCACGCCGGCUCCCGAGCCGGCCAAGACGGACAAGGCUUCGCGAGCCAAGUCGCGACCCUCGUCCCCAGAAGCCUCGCGGACCGUCAAGUCCUCCGUGCCCGACCUAGCCGCCCUCAUCAGCAAGCCGGCUCUCCGCGCGCUGCGCAGCGAUGGCGGCACGCCCCUCAACCCAAACGAGUCCUUCUACCUCGUCCCCACGUCUGGCGGCACCGUCACGUACGCCAGCAUGCUGCAGGGGCCCGGCACACAUGCGCACCACCUCGCCCCCAUCGACGAAGGCUCGGGCUCUCUCAGAGGCAGCCACGACGAGUUUGUCGACGCCCAGGAAAGCGUCGGCCCCCCCUCGCCCACGACGCGGCGUCCACGCUCCCGCAGCUCCGCAGGGCAGGUGACGCCGCAGCGCAGCAUCCCCGCCGGUCGCGGCGCGGGCCUCCAGACGCUCGAGGAACUCGCGCUCGAGAAUGAAACACUAAAGGCCCUCGUCGAUAAACAGGCGAAUCGCAUACAGAUGUGGGAGACCAACUCGCAGAACCAGUUUGCCCUCGCUCAGUCCUUCCGCGCCCGUCCCCCGCCACCGUCGCGCGCACCCACAGACACUGCGAUUCCGGACACACCUGCAGAUGCAGACGCUGGUGCUGGUGCUGGUGCUGGUGCUGGUGCUGGUGCUGGUGCUGACGCGGCACCGCACCGCAUCGCCGCGCUCGAGGCUCAGAUUGCGCAUCUCAGCGCGACCAACGCCCAGCUCGCCCGCCGCACGGAGAAGGAUGGCCUGCUCAUUGCGCGCUACAGGGAGCAGUGGGAGAAGCUCAAGGCUGGCGCUAGGAAGAAGGAGAUGGAGAGGAAGGUCUCUACGGCUGGGGUCGGGGAACCGAGUGAGGGGGGGUGAGCGGUGUGUGUAGUGUGUGUAGGUGGGCUGUGGAAGAUUUCAUGGUGCUUCACCGUGUAGGUGGGUGUGUAGACGGAUUUAUGAACAAGUUCC